AUGGGCUGCGGCUGCGGCGCCACCCAUGCGCAGGGCUGGCAGGGAGCGGGAACCCAGCGGAGGGUUCCCGACUUCAGCAGCCGGUACCGAGGGUUGCGGGAUGCGCCGGGGACGGGAUGGGUACCGACUGCUCACGGAACAAAAGCUGCCGUGCGCUCGGUCCAUGGGUCACAGCCUUGUGUCGCCGGUGGCCGCCGCAGCGAGGGCAAAUCCUCCCCAGCCGAGACAGACGCUAUUCCCAGCGAGCCUGACGGCGCACUGCCAUUUUGUAGCCACAUCCCCUCGCAAGGAAGGUUUCGGGGGGGAGCGCUCCCAACGACGGGGCUCUCUGUAACGCGAAAGAAAGAUGAACAGGGAGAAACGGUGACAAGCCCAAAGCCCGCUGCAAACGCCGUUCCCGGGCGGCCUGGGCAGGUCCGGCAGAACGGUGUGCGCUGGUGCCGCAGCCGUCGGGCGGGGUGCCGCCGUGUCCCGGCCCCGCUGCGCGGCAGGCGGAGCAGCGCGGAGAGCCGCGCACCUGCCCCGCGCUCCCGGGCCAAGCGGGGCCGGCACCGCCCCCGCCGGGGCCGCCCGCUCGGAGGGCAGACGGCGAGGGGGACACCCCGGGCCGGCCGGAGGGUCCCGGGCAGUGCACGCCUGGGAACGGGGGGCUUGCGCAGAGGGCCGGUCCUGGCAGCGGCAGCGCUCCCGCUGCUCCUUCCCGGCAGAGCCCGAGCGGAGCCGGGCGCGGGUGGGUGCGAGGCCGCUCCCUGGGGAGAAACUCAUCGCGGAGACUCCGGGUGCGAGGAGCCGGAGCGGAUAUUGUUCUGGCAGCGGCAGCCGAGGCAACAAAGUGAAUUGGCAGAGGAGAGCUCGCAUCGCAGAGCAUUUUUGCCUGCGAACGGGAGUACUGCGGGCCCGCCCCACGCCCUGGGCUGGCCGGGGCCGCGUUUCCUCCGGCAGGGCCCGCCGGGGCGCCGGGAAGUGGGGAAGGGGAGGCCCCCCGAGCAGGCUCGGGCACGGGGAGACAGGGACCGGGGCGGGGACCGAGUGAAAACAAGCUGCAGACGGCUGGAAGGCCGCAGCACGGCUGGCUGCGCUCCGCCCGUCCCCGACAGCCUGGAGCUCCCUCCCGCCGCAGCCCCGGCUCGCACCGCCGGCAGCCACCGGAGGGUCUCGGCGCUGCUGAAGCCCUCGCAGAUGCCGCACCGAAGGUCCCCCGUGCCCUCCGGCUGUCGCCUGUGCCGCGGCGGGUCCGGUUCCCCCCCUCGGGCAGGCAGCUCUGCCCGUCCCCGCUCCGCCGCUCGUAGUGUCUCGGCUCGCCCGCAGCGGCUUGGCCGGAGCCCGGCAAGGCAGAGGAGGGAAGGCAGAUGCGGGCCGGGCUCCCCGGCUGCCGGAACGCCGCUCCCGGCCCGGUACUACCCGCGGCUCCGCGCAGCUUCUCCCGGGCAAGCCCCGGCAGGGAAGCCCGGUGGAAAAGUCGCGGUGGAACCGCCCGGCACGGCCAGGGCGAGAGCAAGAGGCGGCAGCCCCUCUGCUCGCCGAGCCUCGCCAAGGGCACCCCUGGAGCUGAGCACUGAAGGCAAACGGGGCAGCUUCGCGUACCCGGCCCAGGGCACGGAUCGCGGGGCCCGCCGGCCGCGCACGUCGGGGCGCUUCCCGCUGGCAUCGCCCGGCCUGCGGAUCGGGGGGAAACGAAGAGGGCUCCCGCACUCCGCCGGUCGGUCCCGGCCGCUGCCGCGGAGAGCGCCGGGCGCGGACGCGGCGUUUCAAACAGGGCGAGCGCGCGGCCCCGCGCAGCACCGCGCCCAGACGGAGCUGCCCGCGGGAAAACGCGGCGCGGAUCGCCCGGCGCCGCCCACGCCAUCCCGCCCGGGAAUUGCCGGGGGCUAA